AUGUCCUCAUCUUCGGCCCUUCUAUUCGAAGCCCUCCACGCCGCCGGAUUCUACGUCCCAGCCAUAUACGGCUCCUCACCAUCUUCUCCAGAGGAAAUCAACGAAACCAUCAUCUCAAACGCCAGCAACCCCAACCUGGCCGCCACCGGGUUCGAAAAAGCCCUCGACCGCUUCGUAAUGGUCAAUCCCGCCCAGGGCAGAACCGUCUCCAAGAACGUCAUGGCCAGCACCGUCGAAGCCCUCAUCGGAGCCGUCUACAUCGACAGCAAUAUGAAGAUUGAACCUGUGCGAUCCGUCAUCGAUGCUUUGGAUCUCGGCUGGGCUGUCUGA